AGAACAGUCUGAUUCCGAUUGGUUUGUUGUUCUGUGUGUGAACUCUAAUCCGAAUUUUUAUUUUAUUUUGGGAAAAUAAUACAUUUGGGUAUGGCUGACGGUGCAGGCUCUGGCGGUCCCGGGGAGGACAGAGGCAAAGGUCCCGUUAUCCCCAAAAACGCCAUUGAGCUGGCGAUUGAGAAGGAGGAAGCGGCUGCAGAAGAAAGCCGCAAGAGAAUUGAGAGAUUGAAGAGAGAAAAGGCUGAGGGAGAUAAAAAGUCUCAGGCAGAAUCCAGGCAGGCAGUGCUGGCAGAGCAUUUGUUGGCCGCUGAAUCUGAUGACAGAUUCAACGACACCAACAAGAAACUGGCUGAGUGGAUCCGCUUGGAGUUCACGUCAAUCAGGGAUGCUCUCACUGCCUGGAUGGACCGAGCUGCUGCAUUAGAAGACCGCUUGACUACAGUAGAAGCCAAGCAGACUUCUAUUGUAGAGUCACUGGAUCGAAUCAACCAACAUCUCACUACCUCUCCUACCUCUACCCCUCGUCAGUCAAUCAAACCCGUACCCACACCGGUCUCUACUCCACCUGCAACACCACCCCUUUCUCCCAAGGGAAAGGCUGCUUCGCCUAAAAAGCAGCAGAUUGUCCCUGAGGAAUUGAAACUUGGUGCUGGCGGUUCAGGCCAGCAGGAGCAACGUUUCCCCAAGAUGAUGCAACCUGACAAAUUCACUGGCGACGAUGCCAAAGUGGACGUGUCAGAUUGGAUCGCUUCCAUGAAGUCCUAUCUGAGGGGAUUCACCUGCCCAGAGGUCAACAAGGUGCAGUCCACUGUGGCCCUAUUAGCGGGGUCAGCAUUGAAGUGGGCGACCUCUGAGGCCACCAAGUCUCAGCAGCAGUUAUCGGAUUGGGCUGUUGCAGUGGGUUUAGAGACCAUCUUCCAGGGCCUGGAGGCGAGAUUUGCAGAUAAGGAAAAGGCCCGCAAAGCUGCAGACGAGCUGGUUAGUCUUGGCCAGACAAAGUACAGGGGUUCCCUGGCCAAGCUCUAUGCAGAAUUUGAGCGUCUUACCUCUACUCCCGGUUUGGAGAUGUCUGACAGGGACCAACUGACUUGGUUCAUCAGGGCAGUUCCUGAAAAAUAUACCACGGCCCUGUAUUUUGCCGGACACAAGGACUGGCGAUCUUUUGGCAGAGCAGCCUUGGACAUGGAGGCCACACUCCAUGUCCAGUCCACUCCCCAGAAGGGAGGCAACCCCUCUUCCCAGAGUAGGAGGAAGGGAAAGGGGAAUUUGUAUGCCAUGGAGUCUGAUGAUGACUCUGCAGGCACUAGCCAGGGAGGAUCUACUCCCCCAGCUGACCAGGGUGCAGGGACAUCAGCAGACCAGGCUGCUCAGGUGCUGGCCCAGACACUGCUUGCUCUCAUAGGAGGCAAGCAGUUCCAGGGACAAAAGUCCUCCAGUCCUAAGGGGUCAGGCAAACGCCCCGGUAGUCCGCAACAGCAGAACCUCCCGAAGUUUGCCAAGUGCCCAGCCAGUCCCUUGGACAUUUCCUCUUCUCCUUGGAGGGAUCUGAGAAUCCCAAAGGGUGUAUGGCAAAAGAGGAAGGAAAGAGGGGUCUGUUUGAGGAUGUGCAUUGACUAUAGGGGCCUGAACAAGAUCACUAGGAAGAGCUCUGAGCCCUUGCCUAGGAUCGAUGACUUGCUGGACAUGGUGCAAGGCUGCAAAGUCUUCAGCAAAACUGAUCUGAAAUCCGGGUAUCAUCAGAUCAAAAUGGCUGAAGAGGAUGUCUACAAGACAACCUUUAAAACCCGGUAUGGCACCUAUGAGUUCCUGGUCAUGCCUUUUGGUCUGUGCAAUGCACCAGGAACAUUCCAGACUGAAAUGAAUCGCAUUUUCAGACCUUUUCUUGACCGCUUUGUUGUGGUGUACCUGGAUGACAUUCUGGUAUACAGCAAAGAUGCUAAGGAGCAUGCAGACCACCUCAGGAAAGUUCUGCAGGUCCUGAGGGAACAUAAGUACAAAUUAAACAAAGAGAAAUCAUCAUUUGGUGUUUCCUCUGUUUUGUACCUAGGUCAUGUGAUUUCUGCAGAUGGUCUAUCCCCUGAAGCCUCCAAAGUGGUUGCAGUCAGGGAAUGGCCACAGCCACAGACUGUGAGGGACAUCAGAUCUUUCAUGGGGUUAGCCUCUUAUUACAGGAAGUUCAUCAGAAACUUUUCCUCUAUUGCUACUCCCCUGACAAACCUGCUAGCCAAGGAUGUUCCCUUCAGGUGGUCCACCACUUGUCAAUUGGCUUUCUCCAGAUUGAAGAAAGCACUUACCCAGACACUUGUGCUGAAACUACCUGACCCUACCUUGCCAUUUGUGUUGACCACAAAUGCAAGUCAGUAUGGUGUUGGUGCAGUCCUUCAGCAAGAUGAUGGGACCGGCCUGAAACCGGUGGAAUUCAAGAGUAAGAAAAUAAAGGUGCAAAUAAUUCAGGCGUUUACUUAUGAAAAGGAACUGUAUGCUCUCGUCUGUGCCCUCAAACAGUGGAAGCAUUUCUUACUUGGGAGACAUUUUAAAAUCUUUUCUGAUCACUCCACUCUGCAGUGGAUGAAGACCCAAGGUGAGUUAAAUGAUAAACUGGCAAGGUACAUUCAGUUCAUCGACGGAUUUGACUUUGAACUGAAACACAAGAAGGGAUGCUAUAACAGGGUUGCUGAUGCAUUGUCACGUAGACCUGAUUCCUUCGCAGCCAUUGUUGACACAUACUCUUUUGUUGAUUCCACCAAAAAGGCCAUUACUGAUGCGUUGCCUCAUGAUCCGGUCUUUGGCCCCAUUCUUAGGAAUUUACAGGCUGACCCCAGUUCUGAGUCAGGCUAUGCCUUGACUUCAGGCUUGCUGUAUACAAUCAGCGAAGGGGAAGAACGUUUGUGCAUCCCUAAUGAUCGCAAGAUCAUCACUCAUCUGAUCUCAGAGAGCCAUGAUGCUCGCGGUCACUUUGGGUUCUUAAAGACGUAUGCUGCCCUGACCCAACGUUUCUAUUGGUCUAAAAUGAAGGAUGAUAUCCUCCAUUACUUGGAGACCUGCGAAUUGUGCCAAAGAAACAAGGUCCACAGGCGACCUCCUAUGGGACUUCUCAAACCCCUACCUAUCCCUUAUGGUCCAGGUGAGUCAGUGUCUAUUGAUUUCACAGACCUGGGCAAAACCACUCCACGUGGAAUGAGACAGGUAAUGGUUUGUGUGGAUCGAUUCUCUAAGUAUGCUGAGUUUAUCCCCUUACCUGCUGAGGCCAGAGUACCUCUGGUCAGAGAGCUCUUUUGUGAGAGGUGGGUAAAUGUCCAUGGAUGCCCAACCUCCAUUGUCAGCGACAGAGAUCCCAGAUUCUGCAGCGAUGAUUGGCAGUCCUUCUGCAAGGACUCCCUACAUUCCAGACUAGACAUGACCUCUGGCAGACAUCCCGAAGCCAAUGGACACGCCGAAGUGAUGAACCAGGUCUUGUUUCAGUUGCUGCGUCCUGUGAUCACACCCGAUCAGCAGGACUGGGACAGACAUUUGUCACGGGCACAACUGAUGUAUAACUCUUUUGUUCACAGCACCACAGGCUUUACACCCUAUAGGCUGCACUUUGCAAGAGACCCCAGACAACCUCUGGACGAUCUGAUUGACAAGUCCAAGCCUAAACUAACUCCUGGAACUGCAGAAUUCACCAAGAGUUAUGAGAAGGUUAGAGAAAGCGAGAACUAAUAUGUUCAAGGCCCAGCAGA